AUGGCGACAGCCACGUCGACAGCCUCGGCAGCUACUGCCAGCAGCACCGCGAUGGACAUGAGCGGAAUGGACAUGGGCGGUGGCUGCAAAAUUUCAAUGCUUUGGAACUGGUACACAGUUGACUCAUGUUUCCUCGCCGAGUCAUGGCACGUCAAGUCUCGCGGCAUGUUCGCUGGUUCAUGCAUCGGAGUCAUUUGUCUCGUCCUGAGUCUUGAAUUCCUCCGCCGUCUGGGUCGAGAAUACGACUCGUUCAUUGUUCGUCGAGCCCGUCUUCGACGACUCUAUAUGUCAGACUCUCCCACUGCGCAGUCCAUCUCCAACGUUCCCCUGCGAAGCGAUGAAAACACCUCCAAGCCGCCCGGUAACUGCUGCGGAAACGCAGAUCCCGAUGCAGAAGACGACAUCAUCACUCCUGUGUCGGGUACCCCCCAGGACGGAGCAUCGAAGAAACAGGCUUCUGUCUCUGCUGCUGUAGCACCGGCUAAUGUCAUACGUGAUGUUGGCAUCCAGCGCAUCGAGAGACAGGAGACCGUGCUUGCACCAUAUCGUCCGUCGCUUGUUGAACAUACUGUGCGCUCUUUGCUUCACAUGACGCAGUUUGCAGUUGCGUAUAUCAUCAUGCUGCUUGCCAUGUACUUCAAUGGGUACAUCAUCAUAUGUAUCUUUAUUGGUGCUUUCCUGGGAGCGUUUAUCUUCUCUUGGGAGCCGGUGAACUUGAAUCAGGAGUCAGAUGCUACAUCCGUCACCAAGUGCUGCGGUUAA